GCUUUUUUUUUUUUUUUUUUUUUUGUCAUGUGCAAGUGCAAUGCCAAUGGGGAAUAAUCUUCUCCUGCUUGUAUAAAAAACCCAUCCCCGAUUCCUUCACGGUUCGUACAGUAUUAUUUUCCCGCCUCUCUUCCUCCCAUUUCCCGCUCUGGAAAACCCUAAGCUCCCAAGAAUGGGCCAGAAGCAGCAACCCACCGCCGAUCCCAUCGCCGAGCCCAAGAAACGAAGGCGCGUCGGCUUCUCCAACAUCGCAGAUGCUGGAGUUGAGGCUAAGGAGUGCAUUAAAAUUUACCUGGUUUCAAGAAAAGAGGAGGUGGAUUCUGCAGACAGUUUCUGCAUCGACCCUAUUGACUUGAGCAGCUUUUUUGAUGAAGAUGGGAAGAUAUAUGGUUACCAAGGUUUAAAGAUUACCAUCUGGGUUAGCUGCAUAUCAUUCCAUGCAUAUGCCGACAUUACAUUUCAGAGCACAGCUGAUGGAGGAAAAGGUAUCACAGAUCUGAAAGCUGCUCUUCAGAGAAUUUUCGCCGAGACUAUUAUUGAGAAUAAAGAUGACUUUGUUCAGACUUUUUCAACAGAGACUAAUCUUAUUAGAUCUAUUAUCUCAAGUGGGGAGAUAUUGAAGUACAAAGCCUCAAAUGGGCACAUCAACAAUUCUAACAGUCAUUUGGAAGCAGCUAACUCAGAUGUUGAGGUUGUCCGAAUGGUAGUGGGCAGUACAGCUGCUGGGCACCUUUAUAGUUGCUUGAUACCUCUUGUUCUUCUUCUUGUUGACGGUAGCAGCCCUAUUGAUGUUAUUGAUCCACGAUGGGAGUUGUACGUCUUGAUUCAGAAGAAACCUGAUCAGCAGGGCGAGAUUCAAUGCAGAUUGCUUGGUUUUACAGCCAUUUAUCGUUUUUUCCAUUAUCCAGAAAGUUCUCGCUUGCGACUUAGUCAGAUAUUGGUAUUACCUCCUUACCAACACAAAGGUUAUGGCCGUUACCUUCUGGAGGUGCUGAACAAUGUUGCAGUGUCUGAAGAUGUUUAUGACUUGACAGUUGAAGAGCCGCUAGACUACUUCCAGCAUGUGCGAACUUGUGUUGACAUCCCACGCUUGCUUGUUUUUGACCCAAUCCAGCAUGCAGUUAGUUCAGUUGUUUCACGCAUGAAGGAAGGGAAACUGUCAAAGAAAAUCCACAUCCCUCGGUUCAUGCCACCUCCAAGUGUCAUUGAUGAUGUUAGGAAAAGCUUGAAGAUUAACAAAAAACAGUUUCUCAAGUGUUGGGAGGUUUUAAUAUAUCUUGCCCUUGAUCCUGUUGACAAGUACAUGGAAGAUUAUGUGAGCGUCAUUUCUAAACGUGUGAAGGAUGAUAUUAUUGGGAAAGAUUCUGGGACUGCUGGAAAGCGACUAAUUGAAGUUCCAGGUGAUUAUGAUCAGGAGAUGUCGUUUGUAAUGUGUAGGUCUCAAGCUGGUGAAGCUAGUAGCGUUCAGAUGGAUGAAAAUGAGACAACUCAAGAAGAGCAGCUCCGGCAAUUAGUCGAUGAGAGGGUCAAAGAAAUCAAGUUAAUUGCACAGAAGGUAUCUUUGCAUUGAGUGAAUCGGGGCUGAGGCAUCCUAGUGAACUAUCUGUGAAGUUCCUUAGUAUUAUCAAAUGAUGCAAUCAUACGAGAGGUCUCAGUGAUGCUAUUCUUUUUUUAGAACGGAGGAUUUUCUGUAGAUGAUUUGGCUCUACUGUACUUGGAAGUUCUAACUUAUGUUAAUUUAGAAAAUUUAUUAAACUAUUCGCUGAA